AAGCACUGCGCACUGCACUGUUAUUGUUUCGUUUGACAUUUACAAAACCAUAAAGAUCAACUAAAUAAUUUUAUAUUUGCUGAAGUUAUAUUAAAACAAUAUGAAACCUGCUCUCGUAGCCGACGAAAUGUUCCCAGAGGGUGCUGGACCGUACAUGGAUUUAGAAGAGGCUGGAGGUUCUUCUGGUUUGUUAAUGGAUCUAACUGCUAACGAAAAAGCAGUUCAUGCCGAUUUCUUUAAUGAUUUUGAAGAUCUUUAUGACGACGAAGAUCUACAAUAAGCACCUUUACAUAGAAAUUGGUUAAAAAGAAAUAAGUCAUUUGCCCAAUUAUUUUUUUAUUCAACGGAACAUUUUACAAUUUGUAAUUACCAAGUACUGUCAAAGUCUUUACCAAAAGUUAUGUUUGUAGUAAAUCACAGUUUAAAAGAUGUAAUUUUGUAAAAAUUUAGUUGUACUACAUUUUGUUGUUAUAGUUAAUGUAUAUUAAAUAAAAAGCUAAUCUAAAAAUGG